ACAAUCUGUGAAGCAUGUUCAAAGAGGAACCGUCCUGUAGGCUUUGCCUUAGUGUCGUGAACGACGAAAAUGUCGUGGUAAUAGAAGAAACUAUUGAAGAAGUUCUAGAUGUUCUUUUGUUAAAACUGAACGGGAAAGAAAAGAAAGAAUCUAUAAUGUGCAAUGCCUGUUCCAUUAAACUGUUUGCGGCAUUCAACUUCAAGGCAACGUGUACGGAUACCGAGGACCGUAUCUUUCCAUACAUCGAUUCUGAAAUGGCGACACCGGUCGACCUAAGAGAAAUUUAUCUAAAGGAAAGAGGUAAAGAGCAUUUAAAAGAUAUAUUGGAUAACGAGAGGAUUUGUCGUUUAUGUAUGCAAGUGGUCAUCUGUGGAUUUACACCAGUAAAAGAACUGGAUGUUGAUACGCUCUGUCAAUUGAUUCCUGAAGUGAACUUGACUUCCACCACAGAUCCCGUUAUGUGCAAAGUUUGCACCGAUUCUUUGGACACCCAUACGAGUUUCUUAAAGGGCUGUUUUAAUGUGGAAGAGAAAAUUAAAAAUAUUUCAAACAAAACCAUGGAAAGUGCAUUUCAUAUUGUCACAGAAGAAAUUGAAUUAAAAUCUGAAGAUUAUAAAGCAUCUCCCUCGGAAGAUGAAGUCGUUGACCGCGCAAAUGACUGUCAAUUUGAAUCUGAGGGAACCAGAAAUAAUUCCAAAAUAAACCAAAAGAAACACCUUACACAACACCAGUUGAAACACGAAAACAUCCCCGAAGAGCAGAUGUAUAAAUGUAAUUCGUGUGAAUAUAAGACCGUUUUAAAACGCUGUCUUACCCAACAUCUGCGAGUGCACAAAAGCCUUCCCGGAAAGCGAGAAUUUAAAUGUGAUUUAUGUGACUAUGAAACGAUUUCUAAGUAUCAUCUCAAGCGACAUCAACUGAAACACAAAGGCAUCCCCGAAGAACGGAUGUUUAAAUGUGAUUUGUGCGAUUACAAAACCAGUCGGAAAGAUAAUCUUGCACAACAUCAGUUAAGGCACCGAGUCAUCACUGAUAAGCAAUUGUAUAAAUACGAUUCGUGUGAUUAUAAAACUGUUGAUAAGUAUCGUUUUAAACGACAUGUGCUCGGGCACAAAGAACAGAUGUUCAAAUGUGAUUCAUGCAAUUUCAAAACCAGUCAAAAGAAUUACCUUACAAAACACCAGCUGAAACACAAAGACAUCCCCGAGGACCAAUUGUUUAAAUGCUGUUCAUGCAGUUAUAAAACGAUUUAUAAGCAACGUUUUACACUGCACCAACUGACACACAAAGACAAAUCCGAGGAGAAGGUCUAUAAAUGUGAUUGGUGCGAUUUCAAAACGGAUUAUAAGCGCUCUAUGGCACGACAUCAACUUAGACACAAAGAAUUCAUCCCUGAAGAGCAGAUAUAUAAAUGUGAUUCGUGUGAAUAUAAGACCAUUUUAAAGCGUUGUCUUACCCAACAUCGGCGAGUACACAAAAGCCUUCCCGAAAAGCGAGAAUUUAAAUGCGAUAUGUGCGACUAUGAAACGAUUUAUAAGUACGAUCUCAAGCGACAUCAACUGAUACACAAAGACAUCCCCGAAGAACAGAUGUUUAAAUGUUAUUCCUGUGAUUAUAGAACCGGUCAAAAGAGGCUUCUUGCAUCUCAUCAGCUGAAACACAAAGACAUCCCCGAAGAACAGAUGUUGAAAUGUGAUUCGUGCGAUUACAAAACCAGUCGAAAGAGUAGUCUUGCACAACAUCAAUUAAGGCACCGAGUCUUCACCCAGGAGCAAUUGUAUAAAUGCGAUUCGUGCGAUUAUAAAACUUAUAAUAAGUAUCUUCUCGCACAGCAUCGGCUCAGGCACAAAGACAUCUCCCAAGAGCAGAUGUUGAAAUGUGAUUCCUGUGAUUACAUAACGAAUCAAAAGAAACAUCUUACAGCACAUCAGUUAAGACACAAAGUCAUCACCGAGGAGCAAUUCUUUAAAUGCAAUUCGUGUGAUUAUAAGACCAUUAAAAAGGGUCAUUUUACACGACAUCUGCUCAGGCACAAAGACAUCCCUCGAGAGCAGAUGUUGAAAUGUGAUUCCUGCAAUUAUAGAACUAUUUAUGGGAGCACUCUGGCAAGGCAUCGGUUAAAACAUAAAGACGUCCCUGAGGACCAGAUGUUUAAAUGCUAUUCAUGCAAUUAUAAAACCGUUUAUAAGCAAAUUCUUGCAAAGCAUCAAUUUGUACACAAAGACCUCUCUGCAGAGAAGUGGUAUAAAUGUGAUACUUGCGAUUAUAAAACUAAGAAUAAGAACUACUUUACGCAACAUCAACAAAAACACGAAGCUUUCCGCAAAGGUCAGAUUUAUAAAUGUGAUUCCUGUGACUAUAAAUCCGUUUUUAAAUACAAUCUUGCACAACAUAAACGGAGACAGGGACACCUCCAUGGAGCAGAUGUAUAAGUGCUGUUCUUGCGAUUAUAAGACAGUGUGUAGGCGCCUUCUUGUGCAACAUCUGCAAACACACAAAGCAGAUGUUGAAAUGUCAUUCGUGCCAUUAUAAAACUAGUCUCAUCAGUUAAGACAAAAGAUGCACUGAUUAGUGUUGCUGGAGUUAAAGUUAAACUGGUUUUAUAAGUCGGGUUGCUUUGCCAGUUGACAGAAGCAGUAAGGGCUGGAUUAUGACUUUUAUGAUGCAUGUCAAACUACUAGCAUUGUUUUAAAUACUCCGUAUAAUUAAUCAAUGCUGGUAGAUACAAGCAAAUAUGUACACAAUAUUUUUUACAUUGAACACAACCGGCGAAUUCAGACGAGUCCAAAUCAUAAGUUGCGUACGGCAGAACGGCAAACAGCGCAUCCUUCUCAGCCUGAAUAGGCCCUACAUUGCUUGCCAUUACGAUGGAGAGGUGUAUUCGAAUAUUGCAGAGUUUGAAAAUCACGUCCGAUCGAAUUCAGAAUUACUGGAAAUAGUGGUUUAUAAACAAUUUCUAAGCAUGCAAAUAACUUUCGUACAGCAGUAGUUUUAGUUUCGAUGUAUUCUCUGAAAUGGCA